CCGCCUUGUUCAUCGUUUCUCUCCACUCUCCCAUCAACCCACACUCACUCACAUACUUUACAUUUAUAAUGGCCGGUGGACGCUACCCCUAUCCCAAGCACGUCUGGUCUCCUUCUGGUGGUUGGUGGACCCAGCCCACUAACUGGAAGUCCAACACUGCCGUCGCCGUCGGUAUCACUGCUACCAUCGUUGCUGCCGUCUGGAAGUACUCUGCCGAGAACGAGGAGCGUCACAGCCGCCCCAAGGGUUGGAUCCCAUCCCAGCUUUGGGCAAAGGAGUUCCGGGAUGGCGAGGUUUAUGGAAAGAAAUAAAUGAAUGGCCAGGAUACAACAAACAGUAUCGGACGAAAGGACACAAACAGAGUCGCGAGCAGUGAUCGCUGUAUAGAAACAAGAAAUAAAGCCCUUUAACCAACACGGGAAAUACCAAAAC